AUUCAAAUAUAACAAUAAUAAUGAAUAAAUAAUGUGAUUAUAAAUUUUAUAAUCAUAAUUGAAUUCAUCAUUAUUCAGUUCUCCGCUAUUAAUAAAAGAUGACUUGGACAACGAGUUUUAUCAUAUUAAUACAAUAAUUUUAAUUUUUUUUCUCCAAGAGGUUAUUUAUCAAAACUCAUUGAAGUUUUUUUCACAUAAAAUAAUGGGCAAACUUAUUAAAGAUGCACAUUCAGUCUGGAAUACGUUAAAUGGAAUAUUUCUUGUUUUCAAACCUGCGGGAAUUCAUUAUUUAGGAACUCUAAACACGUUAAAUUUGAAUUUACAAAGAGAUUUCAAUAAGCUAGAAGUGCGCCCACCUAUGAAGUAUGUAAGUAUCGAAGGGCCAACAAAUAAGGAAAUGAGGGUUGUAGUGCGAGAUAGUUACGCGGAUAAUCCUCUUGUAGUUGGACCACGGUUUAGAGAGAAAAACUUCAGAAUGGUUACGGUGAAUAAUUUGGAUAUAGACACCUCUGGGGUAUUAGUUGUCGCAAUCAAUUAUGGCACAAGACUUAGGUAUGUAUUUAAAGAAUUUCGACCAACGGUGUUAUAUAAAGUAAAAGGAAUACUAGGACAAAUGAGAAGAAACAAUUUCAUGGAUGGAGCAAUUGUUGAAAAAUCUACUUGGAAACAUAUAAGAAGAGAGCAUAUCGAUCGUGUAUGUGCAUCGAUGCAGGCUUCCCAUCAGAAAAUGAUGUUCCAACUUAGCGGACUAGAUAUACAGAGUCAAGAGGCAUACGAGCUAGCUGUUAAAGGACCUAUAAGGCCAAAUGAUCCUAAUAUUCCCUUAUUAUACUCAAUCAAGUGCAUUAAUUUUACACCACCUGAAUUUACAUUAGAAAUUGUGUGUAUAAAUACAUCAUCGGAAUAUUUAAAAAGUGUAACUGCAGAAAUAGGUAUUAAACUUCAUAGUACGGCUCAUUGCAAUUACUUACACUGCUCUCAAUAUGGUCUAUUUCAUGUAAAAGAUUCAUUAUUGUCAAAACAUUGGAAUCUGAGUAAUAUUUUAAAUAAUAUGAACAUGUGCCAAAAUCUUAUUUCAAAGCAUUCGUCGAUAUUAUCUGAAAAACAGCCUAAUCUUGCAAUGCAAAUAGCUACGUGAAAAUUUAAUAAAUAAGAUAAUGUAAAUACAAAUUAUAAAAUAAUACGA